AUGAUCAGCUCUGUAAUUUAUGGUAUCACGCUCUCUCAAACUGUAACAUAUUACCGGCAAUCUGGUCUUAAAGACCCCCGUUUCCUCAAGAUCAUCGUUUUUGUCUUAUGGGCACUGGAUACUCUUCACCUCAUUCUAUGCAUCAUCACUGUGUACUGGUACCUCAUCACCAAUUUCUCCAAUCCAUCUGCUUUGACCAGGACAGUUUGGGCUCUGAAUGGCGUUAUCGGAUUGAUUGUGGAGUGUUUCUUCGCUCGACGAGUCUGGAUCUUGGGAAAAAACAUAUACAUCACCGCUACUAUCGUCAUUCUGUCCCUGUUACAUUUCGUCUUUGGAAUCGUCUUUACCGUCGAGGAAUUCAUUCUUCAAGAAUUUUCCCGCUUUCCUUCAUUGAUAUGGAUUGCUUGUGCGGGUCUCGGAUCUGCUGCAGCUACCGAUAUUAUCAUCGCAGCAUCAAUGUGUUGGUACUUGUGGAAAAGCCGAACAGGAUUCAAGGGGACGGAUUCUAUAAUCGCCACACUGAUGGCAUACUCUAUCAACACCGGAUUGCUGACUAGUAUCAUCGCCACAGCGGCGGUCAUAACUUUCGCUGUUUUACCGUCGUCGUUUGUUUGGCUGAGCUGUUUCUGGGUGCUUGGAAAAUGCUACGUCAACUCUUUCCUAGCAACGCUGAAUAAUCGGGAGGCCCUCCGGAACAGGAGCAAUCCAGACCCUGGCAAUUUCUUGAAUAUGUCGACCUUCUCACGAAACGAAACGUACAGAGGUGUACCAGACAUGCGCAAAAUCGUCGUACAAUCUACGCUCCCGCUAGCCGUCGCUGUGGAGCGUACGACAGAAUUUAAGACUGACUUUUCAACGCACGAGGACGUGAAGUCGGGACUCGGAACGGAUCCAUCAAAUGGGAGUCGCAGUCAGUCGAGCUUAGAGCGGGAAUCUCCUGCCUAG